AUGUUUGAUGAAGCUGGUGAAUUUUUCGAAAUGUUUCGGAAUAAUUUUCCGAUGACAUUUAUCUGUUUUGUGCCAUUGUUGAUCCUCGUGUCACCUGUGAUUCCUGUCCGUGCUGCGCACGAGUUUGCAGUUUACAGAAUGCAUCAGUAUGAUCUCCAUGGAACGGCAUACGGAUGCCGGAGUUCAUUUGUCAAUAUGGAAGCUCGGUCAGUUGAUGCUAAAAUGUUGACUCGUCGUUGCAUUGUGGUACGAUUGCGAGAAAUCACAGUGCCUAAAUACCGCGAUUUGAUUAGUCAAAACGUGGGUGCACUUUUGGUCCUUCUUCCUGACAAUUUCAAGAAUAUCUCCACAGAUGACCGUGAGCACCUGUAUAGCCUGGAGAGAGAAUUGUUACUGGAGGAGACCAAUGUGCCUGUAUACUUUGCCUAUGAGACUGAAGCUCUCACCAGCAUUUACAAAGAUGUCAAGCACCUCUCAACUGGGGACCAAGCACCAAGUGCCUUGGAAGCCUUAUUCAGUGCUGCCUCUGCUAAUGGUUUCCAAAUGGUGGUGACAGGUCCACAGUCCAAACCUCUGCCAGAUUUUCAAAUCACCAACAUUCAGGGCCGUCUGGCAGGUUAUGGCAUUGAAGAACAACUACCCAGUGUUGUGAUUGUGGCUCACUAUGAUUCCUUUGGAAUUGCACCGGGACUAUCCGAAGGAGCUGAUUCCAAUGGCAGUGGGGUCAUCGCUUUAUUAGAAUUGACUCGAUUAUUUUCUAAACUUUACACAAAUUCUAGGACACAUGCAAAAUAUAAUUUAGUGUUUUUAUUGACUGGGGGAGGAAAAUUCAAUUACCAAGGAACAAAACGAUGGAUUGAAGACAGUUUAGAAUCAACAGAUAACAACCAACUGACAGAUGUAGCUUAUGUGUUGUGCCUUGAUACCAUUGGCUCUGGUAACACACUCAAUCUGCAUGUGUCAAAACCGCCCAGGGAAGAUAGUGCUGGUGGAUAUUUCCUGAAGGACAUGGAAGAAAUGAUAAAUGUCUUUUUCCCAGAAGUAUCAUUUAAAAUGGUGCACAAAAAAAUCAAUCUUGCUGAGGACACAUUAGCCUGGGAGCACGAACGAUUCAGUAUUAAACGUUUACCUGCAUUCACUCUCUCUAAACUGGAAAGCCAUAAAUCAACAGAAAGGGGAACAGUUCUAGAUGUUCGGUCUCAAGUUGAUUCACAUAUUCUCACUCGCAAUAUUCAAAUUGUAGCAGAAACCUUAGCACGGCAUAUUUAUAAUUUAACCAACCAGGGACAGUUUCAAUUAUUUACUGAUGGAUUGGAAGUGCAAGAAGAGUUGGUCUCUGCUUGGCUGGCCUGCCUUACUUCCCAGCCACGAGCAACUCCACUGAUUCCAAAAGAUCAUCGAUUAAUUACAACAUUGGAGGAAACUCUAUCCCGUUACCUCAAAGAUGUAAAAAUUACAGGAUUAAAAGCUGAUAAAAGAGAUCCUGAAUUUUUAUUUUAUGAUGGUACUGUUUAUACAAUGAAUGCCUAUAGUGUAAAACCAGCUGUAUUUGAUUUAUUCCUUGCAGUUGGCAUAGGAGCCUAUUUGGCUUUUGUCUACCUCAUUGCACAAAAUUUCCACUUAUUCCUGAGUUUUAUUCAAUUAUUUUUGGUUGAUUUUUUUUUCCACUUGGAGAGCCAGUGCCUGAGAUUGUUUAGGAAAAAUUGCAGAAGGCCAAAGGAAGAAUUUUGUUUGUAA